AUGCAUAUGUCAGCUAUGGAAAAGGAAUUGAAAGACUUGAUCAUUCGAGGUACAAAAUAUACUGCUAAUAAAGAUUUUACAAAAGCGGCUGAAAUAUAUGCCAAGAUAUUAGAUUCGUUAAUUAAGGGUCGUGAAUUAGACGAUGUCGAUUUCAAUAAAGAAGAUCUAAUAGUUGCAAGAUAUAUGGUAUCCAUGGCACAAUGUUUAUUUGAAAUGGCUUUGGAAAAUACUGACUUGUUUGGAGGUCUAGGAAAUGGUAUCGGCAAUGCAGAUGAAGAUGACGAUAACGAGGACGAUAAUGAUGACGGAAGUCCCAGCUCCCAUUCCGGAAGCGAUAUAGAUGGCGAAGAUAGUGAUAACGAAGGGAAACCUACUUUGAAUAAAACUUUCUUUCAGUUUGAUCAUGAAGAAGAAGAAGAGGAGGAGGAGGACGAUGAUACUGAAGAGGAAAAGAAAGGAACUCGUAAAGAAAAUAAACAGUUUAAUGAGAGCAAUAUUGAAUCAGAAGAAGAGUCAGCUCUUGAAUCAGAAGAAGCCGAAGAAGAAGAAGAUAUUAAUGAUGGUGACAACAGUAUAAUGAAAUGUAAACAUUUUUCCGAUUAUUUAACAGGUGAUUUUUUGAUGCAUUCAUCCCAUUUAGCGGAAAAAGCCUACGAGUUAUAUAAUAAAUCCGGGUCAUAUUGUCAAGAAAGUAUAGAUGCAAGUAAAAUCAUAGGGGAUAUUAAUCUAGAAUGGGAAUCGUUCGAAACUGCCGUUGAUUGUUACAAGACAGCCCUUAAGACAUACCAGAGGGUCUACAACAAGAUGGAUUAUAAACUUCUAUGGUCAGUCUGUGAAGCAAUGAAAUAUUGUGAAGAAGUCACCGGAGCUAAACCAAGCCGUGAGCGUCUUAAAUAUUUGAAGCAAAUAUCCAUUGACGAAGAUAAUGAUGAUGCCGAAUUGGGAUUGUGGGCAGAAAAUGAAUAUCUGGAAUCAUCAAUUCCACGAGCAGGUCCACCAUCGUCUGAACCUUCUUCUUCUUCUUCUUCUUUUGCUUCCUUUGUUAGUAAAAAUAAUAAAAAUAAAAAGAGGAAAACGCAAUGGUUACCCUCCGUUUCCAGCCCUAGCACGGCCAACGACCUUUCAGGGCUUGUCAGGAAGAAGACCAAGAAGAACCCUCAAAAACCCUCAAAAACCCUAAGAAACCCCUAA